CUUCGCUGCUGUCUCUGUCCUCUGUCAGGAUCCUUCAUCCGCUGCCUGUGGUACACGUCAUUUCCCUGCUGGGUGACGACACGGCCGGAGAGCUUUUCACUGGAGAGCUACCAACAGACGCCAGUGUCGUUUGACACUUCUGUAGGUUUUUCCGGUUGAAUGUGACGAAAUGUCACACACAAGUGUGGACGGCAACAAGCGUACCCUGCGGAGGAAACGUAAGGUCGGAGGGGACAACAACGAUGGCGGCGGGAGGAGGGCAAAAGCUGAACCCAGCCGGUACUGUGCUCUGCUGUUCACUUACUUUCGAUAUCCCACGUCAGAAGUUGGAGUCUUGUUUGGAUCAACCGAUGGAUUCAAACAGUAUCCAUGAAGUCGUCAAGUUUAUUCCCUCGCUGCUACCAGCCAACCAUUAUGACGCUGACACCACCGAGCCCAUCAGCUGCGGUCUUCAGACUUUAGAUGAGCUGCUGUCAUGGAAACGAAAUGAGGCAAACCCUUUCAACGCAGCAGUUGUCCCUCUGGCACCUCGGGAGCCUUCUCUGGCCAGUAGUUCACGGAGGACAUUGGUGUCUCACGACAUGAUGGGUGGCUAUCUAGAUGAUCGGUUUGUCCAGGGGACGAGCUCCGAAGCACCGUAUGCCUUCUACCACUGGCAGUACAUUGAUAUUUUCAACUACUUCACACACAAGAUGGUGACUGUUCCUCCUGCUGUGUGGACCAGCGCUGCACAUAAACACGGAGUCGUCGUUUUAGGGACUUUCAUCACAGAGUGGACUGAUGGGUACACGGCGUGUGAGGCCUUCCUGAAAGAGGAGGAGUCAUAUCGGGCAGUAGCAGAUAAACUAGUCCAGAUCAGCCACUACUACGGCUUCGAUGGCUGGCUCAUUAACAUUGAGAAUCCCCUCAGUGAGGUUGCGGUGAAGAACACGCCUUUGUUCCUGCGCUAUCUGACAGACCAGAUGCACGAGCGAGUGUCCGGCAGCCUGGUCCUGUGGUACGACAGUGUGAUCGAGACCGGACGGCUAAAUUGGCAGAAUGAACUCAACCAGUCCAACAAGAUGUUUUUCGAUGCCUGCGAUGGUUUCUUCACCAACUACAACUGGACAGAGCAGCACCUGGAGGGGAUGAAGGAGUACGGUGGGGUCCAAGGCCGCGAGGCUGACGUCUACAUUGGGGUCGACGUGUUCGGCCGAGGCAAUGUGGUAGGAGGAAUGUUCGAAACCAAUAAGGCUCUGGACAUCAUUCGGAAGCACAACUUCUCGGCGGCCAUCUUUGCUCCAGGCUGGGUGUAUGAGUGCCACGCUGAUAAGACCGAAUUCCGCAAGAAUCAGGACAAGUUCUGGGCUCUUCUGUCGGACAACCUGUACGUCCACCGGCCAGCCUCGCCUCUUCCCUUCAUCUCUUCCUUCUGCCAGGGCUUUGGGAAGGCUCUCUACUGGAGAGGAAAGCAUGAGAGGGACAGGAGCUGGUUCAACCUGACAGCCCAGGAGAUCCAGCCCAUGUACUACCGCACGGAGCUGGAGGACCAGGGCUGGCUGAGGAGCCGCGGCUGUCCGGACGACGCCUGGAAUGGAGGCUGCUCUCUGCUGCUUGAGGGCCUCAUCCCCCUCUCUCACACUUCUCCAGUUUCUGCCAAGAUCUUCUCCCUCCAUGUACCCCUGCCCUCCAAGAUCCUGGUGAGCCUCAUCUUUAAGCCAUCUGCCGGGAUCACUGUCUCCCUGGAGCUGAAGACAGCAGAUGCCAGUCUUUGCGACAACCAGGAUGUCAAGCUUACCAGUGUGCGCCCUGAGGUAUUAGACGAGGGACACCAGCUGGUGAGCCAGUUCACCCAGCUGUGCGGAAACUUGAAUCCAGAUGGUUGGACCAUGCGGUGCUUGCAGUCGGAGCUUCGUGGCUGUACUCUCAGAGAGGUUUGUGUCAGCAUCCAGCGGAGGGGAGAGGCUCAGGACACGCCUUUCAGCUGCAGGCUGGGACAGAUCAUGCUCCUUGAUGUGGCAAGUCUGCAGGCACCCCCUGAGCUGGUUCAGGGCUUGUGCAUUUAUGACGUGGUGUGGCUGCGUGGUACCUUGCCCGAGUCCGACUCUCCCUGCCUGCACCUCAACGCCACGCUGCGCUGGGACUACCCGGCCAAGCUCGUGCGCCACUCCAGGGUGUACUGGCGGCGGUUGAGCGGACCGGAUCCCCCAGGUCAGCUGGUUCUGUUGGGACGGGCAUAUUCUAAUCUUUUCAGGGUAACGGAGCUGGCAGUGCCAGAGCCCCCCAGCUUACUGGAGCUGGUGGUGGAGCCAGUGAUGUGGAAGGGCUUCCUGGUCCCAGAGAACCAGUGGGGAAAGAGAAGCCUCAGCUACAACCCGGACGUCACAAAAUGACUUCACGUACAGGAAAUGUUACCAGACCCCCACAUACAUUUUGCUGCAAACAUGCAAAUUUCGGGGCCUGGUUCCAGAACAAAAUUACUCAGAGUGCAUCUGAAUUGAGUGGCGCCACAGUGGUGCAGACACGUAAAACUGAUCUUUGUCAGCCAAAUCUGAUUAUCUCCCCGUUUAUAGACAUCUACAGCUGAUUUUAUUUGGAUGGAACAGUCAUAACAUACAAAUACACAUACUGACAGACUGUAUACCCGUUCGUUGUAAUAGCGAAGCUAUGGGUUUGUGAAACUUUUAUUUUUCUUGGAACCAAAUACGCAGUCAGUGGGAGCGAGCUGCUAAAAUAAGCUGAGCUACUCAUCAGGAAAGCAAAUAUGUAUGUCCCCUGAUAACAUUCCAUCAAGUUGCUUUUGUCUCUUGUUUUCUGCUCAAGCAAACAAACGCUCCUUGAACUCUCAGCUGUGUGUGUGUGUGUGUGUGUGUGUGUAUAUAUAUAUAUAUAUAU